AUGCAAGCGAACGUGCAGAGAUCUGCACUCGCCACGGAGGAGCUAAUUAUUGAAGCCAAAAAACAGCGUAUCUCCAUCUUGCUCGUACAAGAACCCUACAUCGGAGCGAAAUAUCUGGAAGCAGUAAAUAAGAGCAAGUUGGAAAGCUGGAAGAGCUUCUGCGAGAAACAAGAUGGAGAAAGCUUGUGGGACGGUAUUUACAGGGUAAUCAGGAGAACGAAUGUUAAGAAUACGGAUCAACAACUCGUCAAGGACGGCGUGACUCUCUCCUACCAGGACUCGGCGCACUAUCUGGCGGAGACCUUUUUUCCGGAAGAUACGAGCGCACGGGAAACCUUCUGGCACACAGAAUUACGUAGAAAGGCCAAAAUGAUAGAAGAAUCGGACCAUGAUGACACUCAUGACCUGCCUUUUACGCGGAAAGAACUCGCGGAGUGUGCCAGGAGUUUUAACCCCAAAAAAGCCCCUGGAGGGGAUGGGUUAACGUCAGACAUCUGCGGUGAGGCGAUAUUCGCGGACCCAGCCGUUUUCCUGGCAUUGGCUAAUAGAUGCCUCGACUUAGGAUAUUUCCCCAGGAUCUGUAAGAAGGCCACGGUAAUUAUCCUUAAAAAACCAGGGAAGGAAAAUUACAGUCAACCCAAAUCAUACCGACCAAUCGGACUUUUACCGGUAUUAGGCAAAAUAACUGAGAAAAUGAUGGUGAAAAGACUGAACUGGCACCUGGUCCCCCGAUUCUCCCUCAAGCAAUACGGAUUCAUGCCGCAGCGUGGUACCGAGGACGCCCUCUAUGCCUUGAUGGAAAAAAAUCAAGUCAGGCCUAAAUAA